GUUGACGCACAGCGUGCACUUCUAAUUGCAACAGAACGACGACGCGCUCUAAUUUAUGUGCUUGAUCGUUUGAUUCACAAUCAUGCAACUGGCGGAGUGGAACGUCCACUGUUGGAUGGCCCAAAGGGCAAUUUGACAUUUUCGGAUAUAUCUGUACGGUUGAUGCGCGAUUUCGUCAAUGGACAUAUUAAUUAUCGUGAUGAUCAGUUACUUUUUUAUUUCAUUGUAUUAAUACGUUACGAGGAAACAGUUCAUCAUACAACACUAACAACAAGCGAUGAAGGCAUUUGCACCGGACGAUUGGAAUUCCCACAUUACAUACAAUUUCGUUCGCUUCCACACGAUUUUUCAUGUUCAUUGGAAAUUUUUGCACUCGUAAGCCCCUUAAUCGCUGUUAAUUUCUAG